CCACACGCUCCACGCACCCGGACCACAGCUGGACCAAACCCGGACCACAGCUGGACCAAAGCCGGACUAAAACAGGUCUAAACCAGGACUAAAACUGGACUAAAACAGGAAUGAACAAGGACUAAAAUGGGACUAAACCGGGGAUCAAAGCUGGAAAAAAAGCUGGUCUAAACCAGAACUAAACUGGGACUAACCCAGGACUAACCCAGUACUAACCCAGGACUAACCCAGGACUAACCCAGGACUAAAGCGGGACUGAAGCUGGACUGAAUCAGACCUGUUCCUGAGGAGAUCCGGACUGAAGGAGCAGUGAUGUUUGUGGAUUGUAAAGCCUGAAGGACAGAAUCAUGAUUUUGGAAUAAACCGGACCAGAAGAACCAGACCAGAUCCUGUGGACUGGACCGGGUCUGAACCAGGACCAGACCUGGGUCUGAAAAGGACAAAGUUUCAGUCUCUUGAAAAAAAGGAAAUAAAAUUUGACGUCUGGACUUCAGUUUCACUUUAAGACCUGAGCCCGGACCUGGACCGGACCAGGACCUGACCCGGUUUGACCAGGUUCUGUGAGGUCCUGAGGGUCUGGACCUGGACUAGACCUGGUCUUGGUCUGGUUCUGGAUCAUGUCUGUGGGGGAGGAAGAGGAGUGUGUGUGUUCAGUCGGGAUGAAGCUGAGCUGGGACAUCAACGACCCCAAACUACCACAGGACCUGAAGCAGUUUGACCCGUUUCAGGAGUGGACCGACGGAUAUGUGCGAUACAUCUACAGCGCGGAGGAUAAAAACGCCCAGCGGCACUUGUCUGGUUGGGCCAUGAGAAACACAAACAAUCACAACUGUCAGAUCCUGAAGAAAUCCUGCCUGGGAGUCGUCCUCUGCUCCAGAACCUGUUCCAGUCCAGACGGGUCCAGACUCCAGCUCCGACCCGCCAUCUGCGACAAGGCCCGGACCAAACAGCAGAAGAAGCUGUGCCCGCUCUGCCAGGCGCCUCUGGAGCUGGUGCCGUGUCGUGGGCACAGCGGGUACCCGGUCACCAACUUCUGGAGAGUGGACGGGAGAAGCAUCUUCUUCCAGGCCAAAGGCGUCCACGAUCACCCGAGACCUGAGUCCAAGUCUGAGACUGAAGCUCGACGCAGCUCGAUUAAGAGACGAGUCACGAGUACAAGUCCCCAGUACAAGAGGAGACUCCUGGACCCACAGGUACUACAGCUCCCUGGCCCCGCCCUCCUGCCGUGUGUUGAUUCGCUGGAGCAGUCGUACCCGCAGCCGUACCCGCCGUUCGCCGCAGAGUCGUACUACAGCUCCCACAAUGCCCUGGGAGAGGCCCCGCCCCCUCUGCACAAACCCACCAAUCCCAGGCUCUACGUCGGUCGCCACGGAUACGAACUGCAGAGUUACAUCACACCCCCGACGUACCCCCCCGCCCAUGCCACGCCCGACCUCUGCGACCCCAGGAUGAUGACUCCGGUCUUGGGGUCGUCCUCUUCCUCGGCUCCUCUCUCUUCUUCCUCGUCUGCGACCUACGACCCCCAGGCCAAGGCCACGCCCGCUUCCUGGAACCACUGUUACCAUAGCGACUACCCCUGUCGUUUCCCCGGCAACGGCCCGGGUUCGCCCGCCGCCCUUCAGACGAUCAUCACCACCACCACCAAGGUGUCGUACCAGCCGUGCCCUAAACCCGCCCUGUCGCCCUUCACUUCCUGCGUCCCGCCCCCGAAGCCCGGCCUCGGCUCCUUAUUGGACGACAGCGGCGCCGGCCCCUCCUACUCGGCCGAGGUCAAACUCAGCGACGAAUCGGGCGUCAUCAAGUCGCUGUCGUUUCCGCCCGACGCCGUCCCCGCCAAAACCGAGCGCGACGCCUACGACUACCGCUACGGCUACGGCGGCUACCGCUACGACGACUACUGAUCACCACGGCGACCGCUACGAUGACUACUGAUCACCACGGCGACCGCUACGAUGACUACUGAUCACCACGGCGACCGCUACGACGACUACUGAUCACCACGGCGACCGCUACUACGACGACUGAUCACCACGGCGACCGCUACGAUGACUACUGAUCACCACGGCGACCACGAGGACACUAUUU